AAUUUCAAGCUGCAUUAAUGGGCCUCAUGACAGGUUUGAUACUUGAUAUAAAAAAGGGCUUGCUGCCCCUUCAGCAUGCAUUCAGAAGCAGCUGAACAAGACAGCACACCUCACCGGUUAUCUUAGUCUCGAAGAGGGGAAAAACUCCACCAUUUGGCCAUGAAGACGCUGCUGCUCGCCUCAGCUCUCUUUGUGGGACUCUUCAGCUCCACAGCGGCUGUUCCUCCUCCUGCUCCUUUCCCUUUCCCCGUUCCUUACCAUGCAUUCUGCAGAGCCCUCUGGCUCUUUGCAACACCUUGUGCUGAAAUCAGCACCACGAUUGUUCAACAGAUUCAAGUGUCCGGCCCUCAAUACGCGCUCGUGUCAGCUCUGCCUUUGUUUGUCAAAGCCAACCACACCUCCCCUGACGGCGUCCAGGCACAGAACAUCACCUUCUCCUUCAGCCCCACCGUUCUAACAGGGGGCUGCCGCGUGUCCGCCCAGUCCACCUCUCUUGGCUUCACCAGCCUCCUCGAUGACGGCCUCAACUACUGCAACCUCUACAACCUGCUGUCAAACAGUGGACUCAUCUCGGCUCCAGGCUUCAUGGAGAUGACCAAUGAGUGGGCCUGCCUGGGAUAUGGCCUGGCCAAAUGCAAAGCUUAACAACCUUUCAAGGUUGACAUGUAAUCGACUUGUUUUCUCGCAGAAUUUACUGGUUGCAUUUGAAUUAUAGUUAUUAAUUACAGAAUGUAUUCCCACCUGUACUGAGAAAAUAUCUAAUAAAAGAGUUGCAGUUGUAUCAUCCUG